AUGCCAUACGUCUAUCAAAGCGAGGGUGUUGUGUCGGAGGAAGGUGCAAAUCCGUUUCUCGAGCACCUUCCUCCCGAAACGCCCGUCUACCACUAUGAUCGAGAGUGUGUUAUGGACAGCCUCCUUUCUCCGUAUUCGGUCGAGGAUCGCUUCAUCGUCUUGAAACAUUUCCCGCCAGAGAUGUUCGCCGAAUGCGACGAUUUACCAAAGCGCUGUGAUUAUUCGCCGAUACUUCGGAUUCUUAUAAUCAGAAUGCCUAGUCAACCGCACGAAGAGGCGGCUGCUAGUUUCGAGGCAAUGAUCGUGACAAUUUCCAGGAAGAUGCAAGUCUAUCGACGGAUUGCGGCCUGCGGAGCGACUCGAAUCGAUACUCCUAGCCGAAGCAAGCAGGCAGAUCGAUCAUGGAAGCCAGCCCGCGAAGCGAGGGAAUUUCCAACAGUGGCAUUAGAAGUCGGCUUUUCAGAGACAACUGCAAAGCUGGAGAAAGAUAUCGCUUGGUGGAUCAAUUAA